AAUGCUUCUGUAGCGGCACACUUUCCCGCUGUAACAAAACCCAUGCGAUUUUUGUUUUUCUCUGAACUCGGAAAUAUUGCUGUAUUGUUUGGUUUGGAUGAUGCACAUGCCACAAUAUAAGUAAAGUGCAUGGACGGCCGACCCUGAGGUGCUGGGUUGAAGCCAGCCGCGCACUAAUGUACAGUAUACUGUAUUUUUUCUUCAGUGUUAGUGGCUUCCUCUAGUUAAUAAAGUUUUUUGAAAAAAAUGGAAGCAACAAAACCCUCCCUGUCUAGCAACCCAACAUGUCACUGUUUCCGCGGCAACGCGGCCUGGUACAGGAAGUGGGACGCUGCAGCGACGCGACUUCGAAUCGCUUAAUCUUCUGUUAAAAAUGGCAGACUACGAGGAAGGAGAAAGAGGGAGGGCUCUUGGGGCAGAAGAACAUGCAGCUGAAUCAAUGGCUGCUGACAUGGACCCAUGGAUUAUUUUUGAUGCGAGAAAAACACCAAGAGCUGAGUUCAGUGAGUGGCUGGAAACGUAUCGCCCUUCCAGAGUCUCCCGUUUUGGAAACCCAGAGGAGGGAGCAAGUCCAGUGGGAUGGAUAGCAGUGUAUGGUCCAGGAUAUUGCCCACAAGUGGAGGGUGGUAAGGAACUUCAAGAUGCUUGGGACAAACUGCAAAGUACAGGGCGUAAAAUAAACUAUGAACUUAUAAAAGAACUUGCUCUAAACUAUGGGGUCACUUCAGGGAAAUGGCUUAUGCAUCUUGAGACUGGUUUCAAAGUGGAUUAUGCCUGGAGUGGCAUCGCCAAAGCAGUGGUCGAGGGGCAGCUCAGUGUAGCCAAAGUGAGCCCCUUCCAGACAGACAGUAAGCAUGUUAUUUGUGUAUAUACGCAAGACUUCACAGAUGAAGAAAGCAUCAUGCAAACUGACGCAGUCAUUCGCAGCUCUGGUAUAAAGUGUCUCCUGGCUUACAAACCAGAUGUUUAUACCUAUUUAGGAAUCUACAGGAAUAAUCACUGGCAGAUUUGCCCAACAAUCUAUGAGAGUCGUUAUGAUCUGGAGUGCAUACCUCGCAGGUCCAGAGUCACCAACAAAGUUACAAACAUAGAAGUUACUUAAAGGCGUACUUCAUGACAAAAGUUGGUGCAGAAGGAACUCUAAUAGUAUUUUUUUAAGAAAAAUUAUGUUAUAUCAAACAUUAUAGUUAUUCCUGUCUUGAUGUUUGGGACUUUUUAUUUUCUUACUUCAGUGAAUGACCAAAUGAAGUCUACCCAGCAUUUUUUUUUUUACUUGUUGCUUAUGCAUAUGUGUUUGUAAUAAAUAAUUAUGGGUGAA